UCAGAUGAUGUUACACAGCUCAUAAAACAUUAAAUAAGUGCACAACAUACUUUUAUACAUACAUACAUACAUCUAUAGAGCAAAAACGAGCAAAUCAUCCAAGAUGUCCGCCGAAAGAAUUGAGAGCUCACUUGUGCCCCUCGCGGAGACGUAUGGUAGUGCACGCGAACUAUGUUUCCGCGAGGGGGCGCUCAAACAAAGCAACACCAGUGGCUGCUGCAGGCCGAAAACGCUGAGAGCAAAUACAGCACAGGCCGCUCUUAGCAAGCAGACCCCCCACAAAAACACCAAAGAACCUCCAGCCCUCGCCCGAACCGGGCCAUGGCGACGGAACCGUGCUCGCAAACUGAAGCCGAGCUGUAUUACCUGAUCGCCAGAUUCCUGCAAUCUGGACCAUGUCAGAAAUCUGCUCAGCUCCUGCUGCAGGAGCUGCACGAAUAUGAGAUCAUCCCGAAGCGCUGGAGUUGGGACGGAAAGCAGUUUAAGCGAAGCUUUGAGGACUGGGUGUUGUUAAAUCGGCAAAUACCUGCGGAUUACCUCUUGCGUGUGUGUGAGCAGAUCGGCCCAUUAGUAGAUAAACACAUUCCACCCAGUGUACCUGGAGUCUGCAGUUUACUGGGUACCGGACAACAAUCAUUACUGAGGACAGAAAAAAGUACUUCUUAUACAAUAUGGAGUGGUUCUACAUUAGCUGCUCUGCACAGGGGACGGCCCCCAGAACCACCUGUCAACUGUGUGAAGCCCCCAAAUUUUGUGUCAAUUAUGGGUGCUCGCCAAACAACAGGAGUGGCUCGGUUUGGCCACACCUUCCCCCCCUACAUCUAUCAGCACUUGAAGAUGCAUCGGAGGAUUCUGGGACACCUCUCAUCCGUGUACUGUGUGGCAUUUGACCGCACUGGCCGACGCAUUUUCACGGGUUCUGACGACUGCCUGGUGAAGAUCUGGGCAACGGAUGAUGGGCGUCUCCUGGCCACUUUACGUGGUCACGCGGCAGAGAUUUCGGACAUGACAGUGAACUUCGAAAACACUCUUCUUGCUUCUGCCAGCUGUGACAAGAUCAUCCGUGUAUGGUGCCUCCGGACCUGUGCACCUGUUGCUGUAUUACAGGGGCACACAGCCUCAAUCACCUCCAUACAGUUUUCUUCAUCAGUAUUAGGUUACUCUCGGUAUCUAGCCACCACUGGAGCUGAUGGUAUGGUGUGUUUUUGGAAGUGGAACGCACUCAGCAUGAAGUUUGAUGAAAGGCCUGUAAAGUUUAUGGAGCGUUCUCGUCCAGGAGUCCAAAUAUCCUGCUGUUCCUUCAGCUCUGGGGGGAUGUUUCUGGCUACUGGAGGAACGGAUCACAUGAUCAGAGUUUAUUACCUCGGAACAGAGACGCCCAUGAAGCUGUCUGACCUAGACUCCCAUACGGAUAAAGUUGUAGCUGUGCAGUUUUGCAAUCACACAGAAAGUCUCAGGUUUGUGAGUGGCAGCCGGGAUGGUACAGCUCGGAUUUGGCAUUACCAACAGCAUGAAUGGAAGAGCAUCGUGCUGGACAUGACCACCAGAUUACCAGGGAACACUGUGGUAUCAGGUGAUGAUAAAUCAACCAAGUUGGUGGUGACCAUGGUAGCGUGGGACCGCUGUGAUCGUUCAGUCAUCACAGCUGUUUCAAACUGCCUCCUCAAAGUCUGGAACUCAGAAAACGGCCAGUUACUUCAUGUGCUGUCGGGUCAUGAUGAUGAGGUGUUUGUUUUGGAAACGCACCCCUUUGACUCAAGGAUCUUGUUAUCAGCCGGGCAUGACGGUAACAUUUACAUCUGGGACCUCAGCGAAGGGCACAAGAUCAGAAACUUUUUCAACAUGAUUGAGGGACAGGGUCAUGGUGCAGUGUUUGACUGUAAAUUUUCAGUUGAUGGGCAGCACUUCGCCUGCACAGACUCUCAUGGCCAUCUGCUCAUCUUUGGCUUUGGGUGCAGCGAACCUUAUGAAAAGAUUCCAGACCAAAUGUUCUUUCAUACGGAUUUCCGGCCGUUGAUCCGGGACUCCAAUAAUUUUGUUCUAGAUGAGCAGACGCAGCAGGCACCCCAUCUCAUGCCUCCGCCUUUCCUGGUGGAUGUGGAUGGGAACCCCCACUCUCCUCGUUUCCAGCGGCUGGUGCCAGGCAGAGAAAACUGCAAAGAGGAGCAGCUUGUGCCACAGCUCGGCUACAUGGCUAAUGGUGACGGAGAAGUGGUCGAGCAGGUGAUUGGCCAGCAGACAGCAGAAGAUUCUCAGGAAGAAAGCCCAUUAGAUGAUCUCAUCAGGCAGCUCCAGUACCAGCAAGAUGAACAAGUCAACUCAGGAAAUUCUGCAGGUGCCGAGGUGGCAGGUGGUCCUUUGUCACCCCCUAAUGUCGGUCUGCGGCGUAGUGGACAAGUGGAGGGCGUGCGGCAGAUGCACAACAAUGCUCCCCGCAGUCAGAUUGCCACUGAGCGAGACUUGCUGGCAUGGAGCCGCCGUGUGGUGGUUAAUGAAGUCCAGUCUGGCAUUUUGAGAGUGAUGGAGGACUGCAGGCUAGCUAAAGGAGAGGUGGAACGGUCUCUCUAUAACAAAAACAGGAGGCGAAAACCUGCACCCACCACAACAAGAAGUGAAUCAGUGAGUGAGUGUGUUCGCACAUUACGGAGAACUCAGCAGAAGUCUCAGCAACGGAGACAUGCAUAUCAGACCCGCUCAACUCAAGACAGGAGACCGAGCACAAAUAUGCUCUUGUACACAAAUGAUGGGGACAGCCUGGUCGAGUCUGACAGCGACGCAGAGCAGGAGGAGGACCAGAAUGAGAACAGUGAUUUGUCAUCUGAUGGUGAAGCUCAGUGGAAGAAUGAAAGCAGCUCCAGUGACUCUUCUAGCGAGUAUUCUGAUUGGACAGCAGAUGCAGGUAUCAACCUCCAGCCUCCCAAGCGAACAACCAGAAGAUUGGCACGCAUCACUGGGAACAGCACCUCAGAUGAGGAGGAGGGGAUGGAACAGGGAGAAGGGGAGGGAGCGAGAAGAAGUAAACGGUCUGACAAGAAAAAUAAACCUAAACAGACACAACUGAGGUCUGUGCCUGAUGGAGAGUUAGAGGAAUGGUUGCCACCCUCUUGGGUCAGGGUCACAAUUCCAAGACGAUCACCCUUUGUACCUCAAAUGGGAGAUGAGCUGAUAUACUUCUGUCAGGGCCAUCAAGCUUAUGUUCGAGCCGUACGUCGUGCCAAAGUCUACAGCAUCAACCCUCAGAAACAGCCUUGGAACCGCCUGGAACUCAGGGAUCAGGAGUCUGUGAAGGUUGUGGGUAUUAAAUAUGAGGUUGGUCCACCCACUCUGUGCUGCCUCAAACUGGCCUUCCUGGAUCCCACCUCAGGGAAAAUAACCAACGAAUCCUUCAGCUUGAAGUAUCAUGACAUGCCUGAUGUCAUUGACUUUCUGGUGCUACAGAAAUUUUAUAAUGAGGCCAAAAAACAUAACUGGCAAACUGGUCAGCGUUUCAGGAGCAUCAUCGAUGAUGCCUGGUGGUUUGGUUUGGUGGAGAGUCAACAACCAUUUCAAAAUGAAUAUCCAGACAGCCUUUUCCAGUGCUAUGCUGUCAGGUGGGAUAAUGGAGAGAGAGAGAAGAUGAGUCCAUGGGAUAUGGAGCCCAUUCCUGAAGAAGCUCCAGUGCCAGAGGAAGUUGGGGACAGUGUUCCAGUAACAGAGGAUGAACUUCAGUCCCUGCUGUACACCCCACAGGAGGGAGAGUGGGGGCUACACACAAGAGAUGUUGAGUGUGAGAGAGUCAUCAUGGCCAUAGAUCAGCUGCUAACACUCGAUGUGGCAAAGGCAUUUUCCUGUCCUGUAGAUCUGAGUGCGUAUCCGCUAUACUGCACAGUUGUGGCCUAUCCCACUGACCUUGGCACUAUCAGAACACGAUUAUUACACCGCUUCUAUAGGCGGAUCUCAGCGCUUAUGUGGGAGGUGCGUUACAUUGAACACAAUGCUCAAACAUUUAAUGAGCCACAGAGCCCCAUCGUCACAGCAGCCAAAACAGUUACUGACGUCCUGCUGCGUUUCAUCAGGGAUCAGAGCUGUACUGAUAUCUUGGAUCUGUACAAUAAGAUGAAGACAGAAUUCAGCAGUGCAGCAGAGGAAGAGGAGAUGGUGGAUGUGGACUCAGACACUCCCGGUACCUCCACUGGUCAGAGGAGAUCCAAUCAUUUGCCGCAGAAGCGGGGUGUAUUGCUGGAUAUAAAUGCAUGGCGUGGACAAUGCAAGGAGCUUGUAAGGAGAUUGAUGGCAAGCCCAGACUCUGAGCCAUUCCGACGGCCUGUCGACCUCUUCGUGUACCCGGAUUAUCGGGACAUUAUUGACACUCCUAUGGAUUUGGGGACAGUCUCUGAGACUCUGCUAGGUGGGAACUACGAGAAUCCCAUGGAGUUUGCCAAAGAUGUGCGGCUUAUCUUCAGUAAUUCCAAAGCUUACACGCCCAACAAAAAGUCUCGAAUCUACAGUAUGACUCUGAGUCUGUCGGCAUUCUUUGAAAAUCAGAUCAUUACCAUAAUCUCAGAUUAUAAAUCUGCUGUCCAGAAUCAGCGCAGGAGUCAACAGAGACUGAGUUACAGCAAGAGGUUACAGAGCUCACUUCCCAGCAGCCCCAAAGGGAAACAAAAAUCAGCAAAGAAAACAUCCCAGGCUCUUUCAAAGGCUCGCUCACGAAAAACCUCUCAAGAGCUUACUUCUGCAGUUGAUGACGAUGAUCAGCAUUCCUCUUCAUCAUCUUCCUCCUCUACCUCAUCCUCUUCAUCAGUUCAACUUCGAGCCAACAGAGUUACACGCAGCCGAGCUACACCAAGAAAAUCCUCAGAUGCCAACUGCUUACUGCCAAAUGGGGGUCGAAGUUCACGUAGAAGAGCAGCAUUAACAGAAGAGGAAGGGGUCUCUGAAUCUGAAAGUUCCAGUUCAACAUCAUCAUCCUCUUCAUCGUCGUCUUCCUCCACAUCAUUAUCUUCGUCCAAGAGCGAGGACAGCGGGGCUGAGAUGGCCAGCUUUGCCGAUGGUGGCGAUCACGACUACAGCAAAGCCCCUCAACUCAAACAGAAGGGCAAAGCGGAAAUUACCAAUGUCGACAAUACAAAACGGAAGAGGAAAGGAGGCGAACAAACAGCAGAACCUAUGAAACGAGCACGGACAGUGGAGGUGCAAGCAGAGGAGAGGGAAGAAGAGGAAGAGCCUGAGGAGGAAGAGCCUGAGGAGGAAGAGCCUGAGGAGGAAGAAGAAGAAGAGCCUGAGGAGGAAGAAGAAGAGCCUGAGGAGGAAGAAGAGGAGCCUGAGGAAGAGGAGGAGGAAGAGGAUGACGAAGAGGUAAUUCUGACAACAAAAACUGGAAGUGAAAGGUCAAAUCAAAGAACUGCAAAGUCAUUGCGGGUUAAUACUCGCUAUCAAGGUCGACGAACUGUUCUGUACAAUGAUGACUCUGAAGAGGAGGGGCCAACGGAAGACCCGCUGAACUUGGGAAUGUCACGCUCUGGAAGAGUCCGUCGAAUGACAGAAAGAGCAAGAGUGAGCCAUCUUAUGGGCUGGUCACACUGACUUUAAGUGUUGACAUUUUAUGACUCUAACACAGACUCACUACAGCGAUACUUCAGGGAUUUUGUUUUUAGUACUGUCUUUUUGUGAUAUGUUUUGGUUUUGUUUUUUGUAAUUGUCUCAGCGACUUGACGUUCAUGACUCUUCCUGGACUGUGGUGCUUUCUUUCUCUGUGGUUUCCAUGGAAACCUACCAUGCCAUCAACUAAUCAGUCACCUCUGCCUUAUUCUGGUCCAGGGCAGGAAAGGGUCAACUCUCCUCCACAUCUGCAGAUUCUCUCUGUCUAUUCAACCUCCCUUCCUCCUGUACAACCAAUAUAUUUAAAGUCUGAACUUGGUCCUUUUCUAUUUCUCGCUCACUCUCUGUAAAUUCUGUCCAUUCACUCUCUGGUGAUCAGAAAGAUGGUGCUGCUCUCAUUUCUCACUUCCUUCAUCAUUCUAAUUUGCUGGCUUAAAUAGAGAACACCUUUUUUUUACCAUAUAAUUUAUCUGACUUGACUCUACUAUUAAAUCAGGGUAAAUAUUUACCUCAUUUCAAUAAUCUAAUAAUUUUGAUCCUAGUUGGAAUCAUGUGUUUUUGUAACACUUUGGUGCAGGUGUUUGAAUUUAUCAAAACCUCUGAGAUGCAUUAAAUACUCCCAGAUCAUGUUCAUUAUGCCUCAUCUAGAGACACAAGGAGGAUUAUGGGAAAUGUAGGAGACCACACUUCUCUCUUCUCUUAUUUAGAUAUACAAACACUUCUGACUAUUUUUACAAAAAAAUAUAUAUUUUUCCACUGUUGUAUAAUACACUUUGAUUCAUUCACAUCUUACAGUAAGUAGAAUAGUACUGAAGAAAAUGUUUGCACUUUGUAUGUCAAGUAUGUGGCAGCUGAUAGGUGUAUAUGAGGUUAAGAUGUCUGAAUCCUGGACUUUGGUUCAGAUAUCAUGUGAAUUGACCUUUUAGUUGCCCUCAAACCAUUUGUAGAGCAAUAUUUAUUUCUAAUUUGUAUUUUUCAGUCACUAUCAGGAAAGACUAAAGAGACCAUUAUGCUUCCUGAAAAUAGUUGUCAUCUGAUCAAUGUUAAUGUGUUACAUGGUGUUUUUUCAGAAUGGUAAAUACAGAACAUUAUUGGUUGGAGAGAUCAGGUGUAGAGCCUCGGUUUGGUUUCUGGAGUGUCAGAGGGUGUUUGUGAUUUCAAUACACUCUCAGAAACAAAAGUUUCUACUUCCCUCCUCUUUACUUUUAUGAUUUUUGCACUAGUGGCAUACCAUACCCAAAUCCCUCCCUCUCACCUGUAUGUAUAUAAAAUGGCAGCCAGUCACAAGGCCGAAAAAGUGUGUUCCAAGCCAAUAAGGAUACUGCAUUAAUUUCCUCAGCUCUGUGCCCUUCCCAUCACACAGAAAGGAGUUGACCAGACUAUUUUCCAUCUCUAAAGGCCCUUUUGUAUCAGGGAUCUUUUGUCAUGCUAUGGCCGGCAAAGCUUGGGACUGUUUAAUGACAAUGUUAUAUGUAAUAAAUUUAUGUUCUUAUGCUCCCAUUUUUUUUUAUUUUUUUUUUUACACAUUU